AUGGUCACCGGCGCGCUCUUUGCGGCCGCGACCGGCAUCGCCCAGCCAGUGCAGAUCCUUUUCUUUGGCGACAUCAUCAACGCCUUCAACCCGACGAACGGCGACGUCAUUGACGCCGACCUCUUCCGCAGUAGCAUCAACAGCGUCGUGCUCAAGUUUGUGUACCUUGGCCUUGGCGUUCUCUUUACCGCGUUUGGCCAAGUCGCUUGCUGGACGAUCUCGGCGUCGCGCCAGUCCAAGCGCAUUCGGCACGCCUACGCCAGUGCGAUUCUGCGCCAAGAGGUCGGCUGGUUUGACGUGAGCGAGCCGAUGACGCUCGCGACGCGCGUGGUGGACACGACGCUCCUCGUGCAAAACGGCAUUGGGCGCAAGAUCGGCGACGGCAUCAACUACGCGGCCAUGGGCGUUGGCUCGAUCGUCCUGGCCUUUGUGUACGGCUGGGAGCUCUCGCUCGUGCUCUUUGCCUUGACGCCCUUUAUUGGCCUCUCGGCUUACUACAUGACCAAAGCCAUGUCGGACGCGGUGCAAACCGGCGUCGACGCGUACGCCGAGGCCGGCGGGGUUGCCGAAGAAGCUUUGAGCAACAUCCGCACCGUGCACAUGUUUCACGCGAUGGAGCGCAUCGCUGCCAAGUACCAAGUCGCGCUCGCCAAGACGGAAGCCGCCGGCGUCAAGAAGGGGCUGGCCAUCGGCGUUGGCACCGGUGUCAUGUUCUUCAUGCAAUUCCUCACCAACGGCCUCGGCAUGUACUAUGGCGCCGUCAAGAUCAGCAACGACAUCGCGGACGGGUGCAUCGCGAGCGACUGCUACAACGGCGGCCGCGUCAUCACCAUCUUCUUCUGCAUCGUCAUGGGCGCCAUGGCGCUCGGCCAGGCCGGGCCGGCGCUCCAAGCCAUCUACACGGCGCGCGCGGCUGCCCACGAUGUCUUCGCGCUCAUUGCCCGCACCUCGCUAAUCGACGUGACGGACGCGUCGGGCACGGUCCUGGAUCCCAACAAGGUGCGCGGGGACAUUGCGUUGGAAAACAUUUCGUUUGCGUACCCGUCACGCGCGCACGUCCAAGUGUGCGCCGGCUACUCGCUCGUCAUUCCCGCGGGCCAAAAGAUUGCGCUCGUGGGGGCGAGCGGGUCGGGCAAGAGCACGAUCGUCUCGCUCCUCGAGCGCUUUUACGACCCCGUGGGCGGCCGCAUUACGCUCGACGGCGUCGACUUGAGAGACCUCAACGUCGCGUCGCUCCGCGCGCAAAUCGGUCUCGUCGGCCAAGAGCCGAGCUUGUUUGCAGACACGAUCGCCAACAACAUCCGCCGCGGCAAACCGGACGCGACGCUCGAAGAGGUCAUGGCCGCCGCCAAGCAAGCCAAUGCCUUUGACUUUAUCAUGGGGUUCCCCGCGGGCUUUGACACGGACGUCGGCGACC